CGCCGCGUUUGAGCGGACAGUCGGAACUCUGGAGUCUAUCCAGCCCUCCGUUCCCACUCAGCUUCGGGUUGCGCUUUCUUGUGCAUGGUCGUUCUCUCUAAUUCGCUGAAGCUGCUUUGCAGUUCCUGUUCCUCGAAGCCUCCCCAGGCUGCUUUGCAGCUUCUGUUCCUCGAAGCCUCCCCAGGGUGGCCAAGCCGCCCAUCGACGUGGACCGGAGGCGCACCCAGCACGAGGGCCGCGACGAGAGCGAAACGGUGGCGCGAGUCGGCGAGAUGACUCAGACCGGUCGGCAGUGCGGGGAGGCUUUCCAGGACCAGAGGAUUCGGCGCCUCCUAGCAGAGAUCGAGGCUUCUCGCGGCGACGCUGUUUUCCGGGGAGUCCUGGCCGGCGGUGGCCACGAUGAGGAGUUGCUUUUUUUGACGCUCGUCAUCAAGUACGCCGUCGGCAGGGGUAAUGCCAUCGGCGCCCCCACCGUGCCGGCACAGCGAGACCGAAUUGACCGGUCAGAGGGGCUAGGCGUUCACGAAGGAGCGGAGUUUGGACGCGAAUCUCAUUAUUUUCAAUUCAAGGAAAUCGCGAACUUGCUUGGGACUGUUCCAGCGAAGCCGAGGGGCGGUGAUGACUGGUUUUCCACGGGAGCAGCGCCCUGAAUUCGGAGCGACGCCGAGGGCUCCGCUUGCUUUGUUUGCGGUGGAGAUAAGUGCCUGAUGCUCCUUUGGGCCUGCUGGCCUCUUUUGUCUUGCUCUGCCCGGUUCGUGCCGCAGCGGGAGAUGCGCGCGCCGGCAAAGGGCAACGCGGGGUGGGUUUUUCUGGUGGGUAUUGAUGCAGUUCGCCG